GAGAGCGUUACUGAUUUAUUUCCUUACUCAAAACAAUCCUUGUUUCCUACAUUUCUGAAGAUCUCAAGAUCUGGACUACCACUGAAGAAAUUCCCAGAAAGGCUCACUUGUAUCUUUAGAAAUGGCAAACAGCUACAAGACAAUUGUUCUACUAAAAGGAUUAGAGGUCAUCAAUGAUUAUCAUUUCAGAAUGGUUAAGUCCUUACUGAGCAACGAUUUAAAACUUAAUUCAAAAAUGAGAGACGAAUAUGACAAAAUUCAGAUUGCUGACUUGAUGGAAGAAAAAUUCCCAGGUGAUGCUGGUUUGGGCAGACUAAUAGAAAUCUUCAAAGAAAUACCAACACUUGGCAACCUUGCUGAAACUCUUAAAAAAGAAAAGCUAAAAGCUGUGAAUAAAGUUGAAUCUUUUUCAGUCAAAGGAAAAACCCCAUCUAAGAAGCAGCAGCAGAAUGAAGUGGAUCCUGCUACACCUGAAUCCACUCCAAGCAACAUUCUCACAGCUGAAGGAGCAGAGGAGACUCCUGGAGCUCAGAAAAGAAAAAACUCAUCUGAAGAAGAGACUGGAACCAAAAGGAGUAAGAUGGCCAAGGAGCAGACUCAGCCUCCCUGUCCCACAGAAGCCGGCAUGUCCACAGCCAGGAGCCAUUCCCCACCUCCCCAGCCCUCAUCAUCAACUCCAUCCAACACUUCCUCAGCACAAAGCCUAAGACCAUUGGUCAGGCGUCAGGCAACUGCCAGAAAAAAUAUUUGCCCAAAAGACCCAAUGAUGGUGAUGGUACUAAAUGCAACAAAGAUAUUUAAAUAUGAAUCCUCACAAAACAAGCGAAGAAGAAUGUUUCAUGCUACAGUGGUUACGCAGACAGAGUUCUUUCAUGUGAAGGUUUUAAACAUCAACUUGAAGAGGAAAUUCACUAAAAAGAGAAUCAUCAUUAUAUCAAAUUAUUCUAAAUAUAAUAGUCUCCUAGAGGUGAAUGAAGCCUCUUCUGUAUUUGAAGCUGGUCCUGACCAAACAUUUCAGGUUCCAAAGGACAUCAUCAAAAGAGCAAGAAAAACUCCAAAGAUCAAUAUGCUUCACAAACAAGCUUCAGGAGACAUUGUAUAUGGAUUAUUUACGCUACAUGACAAAAAUAUAAAGAGGAAGGUGACAAUCUAUGAAAUUCUGGAUGAAACAGGGAGUAUGAAUGUAGUAGGAAAAGGAGAAUGUCACAAUAUCUCCUGUGAAAAAGGAGAUAAGCUUCAACUCUUCUGCUUUCGACUGAGAAAGCGGAAAGAUGAGUUACAACUGAUGUCAGAAAUGCAUAGUUUCAUCCAGAUACGGAAGAAAACAAAGCAGAGAAGCCAUGACUCCAGCAGCAUGGCACUAAGCCAGGAGCAGAGUCAGCUUCCAAAACCUUCAGAGGCUGGCACAACCCUCCCACUUGAAUGCCAUCUCAUCAAGACUCUUCAAGGGCUGUCAACAACCCCAUCUAGCAGUUCCUUUACCAAGGAUGAAGCCCACCCAGGAGCACAGUUAUUGUCUGAGAUCCAUAGAACCAACCCACCAACUGUGGCCGGUCCUGUUUCUUCUGAUACUCCACCAACCCCAUCCAGCAGUUCCUUAAAUAAGGUCACCAAGGAGAAGGAUAUCAAAUAAGUACUGCUCAAUCUUUAUUCACGUGUGGAAAUUUUGCCUCAACUCCUCCGUGUAAAAACUUGAUGCCAUUGAUAAUGAUGUUUAUGAAGAUAAGCUUGAAGCACAGAAAAUA